UCUGCCAGCACUCUAACCUAGAAGAUUCCUUGACUGAGAGUCUCUUGAUAAUUAAUUCUCAGAAAAGAAGACACUCUGGUGAAAUGUGGUUAAUUGAUAAACUUCGAGAAAGAGUUGAGAACAUUCCCCUUGAAGACAACCGAGCCUUCUCGGGUGUAAAAAUGGAUAGCCCUUCAGAGGCAAAUCUCUCGAGCAAGCUGCACAGCAAUGUCUUGACUCCUGACACGAUUCCUGAUUUCUUUAUUCCACCAAAGUUUUUUAAACAUACUGGAAAUGUGGAACAUCUUUCAGCUAAAUGUAAGGUCAGCCUCUCAACUUCUAAAAACAAUCUGAAGAAUUUAACGAAUACCCACAUCUUUCACGUGAAGCCAGAAAGUUACUGCAAAAAUAAUGAAGGCAAGGACCUUGUGAAGCUGGCUAAUCAGCUUUUUAUACAGAUAGAGAAAGCAGACGACUGCACUCUGGACAAUAUGGAGAACACCAACAAAAGCAAACAAAGAGACCUAAUUUCUUCUUUUCCAUCAGUGCUGUUACCUCACACAGCAGCAUGUUUCAGUCUGACAGGCUUAUAUGAAAGUCCUAACACACGCAGAAAAGAGUCCUUGUUUCACACAGACUUUGCAAGCUACGCCUUACAGAGGAAACAACACAUAGCCAACAAAAAGUUUGCAGCUCCAAGAUCAAGCAGCCACACAAGCUCUACAAAUAUUACACACUCACUCAAGAAGCAGGGGACAACAGAAAAUAACACCCCUUCCUCCAAUGAAUCCUCGCCCCACAGCACCCCCGUGCUACCUCGAUCAUUUUCAGGCACCUGUCUCUUCAAACUGUUUGGGCAAGAGAGUUUUCUCAAGGAUAUUUCCAGAUCCAGUUCGAAGCAGUCUCUGGGAGGGAACAGCUCCUUUUCUACUGAUGAAUGUAGCUCUGGUGAUACAAGUCCAUGUACCUCAGAAAAGUCUGAAUCAGAAGGAAAAUCAGAAGCUCCAGGUUGUUCCCUUUCCCCUCCAGUGCUGUUUCCCCUUGACCUGUUACACUGCCAAGAAAAGCUACGGAGAGAGCAUAUCAUUCCUCUUCAGGGAAGGGGCUGCAUCCGGCUGUCAUUAGAGUAUGAUUCUAGUAGCGCCACAGUCCGAGUCCGCGUGGUUUCAGUGGAGAACCUGUAUGAUUGCAGCUUUGAGGCAAAACACAUUAACUGCUGUGUCAUUGUCUGUCUCGUCCCAGGCAAACAGCAAAAGCAGCACAGCACCAUAAUCAAAAACAGCAAAAACCCCAUUUUCAACGAGGACUUCUUUUUUGAUGGGGUUACAGAAGAAGAUCUCCAAAGUAUGUCCUUGAAAUUUAAGGUCAUUAACAAAGCCUUCAGCCUCAAGCGGGACACACUUCUGGGUGUUAUCUCAAAGCCUCUUUCCCAGUUAUUGCCUUUAUGAAAACAAAAUGUGCAGAUAUUCAAUACAACGUGUCCAGCAUUCAUGAAAAAGAAGGACACGUGACUCCUUUUAAUUCAUAUGUAACAGUUCUGAGGAUGUUUUAUUUUCUUAGUAUUUUAAAGUAUGUGUGAAGGCUUUUGAUUCAUCUACACGCUAUUUCAGAGUAUUUAUGCUUUUGGAAUCUUCCUUAUUGAGUAUUUAUUAUGUUCUAAAGCUCCUUAACAUAACAUUUCCUUCCCCAGGGAUGUAUUGAAUGUGAAUCUGUUCUUUAUGUACAGUAUGUUAUAUUCAUUUAGGAACUGACAUACAGAUUAGGUGGGUACACCUGAUACUAAAAAAUUGAGUAUACCCUUUGAUAAAAUACAAGGGACUGAUUUACACACCAGAGGUGAAUAUAAAUAUAUUUUACUGAAUUAUAUUUAUUAUCCCCACAAAUGUUUGAAUUUUACUCAUCAUCAUUAAAUAAAAUGGAAUAAACCAGAAUUCAUUUUCUGAAACUAGCAACUACAACUUUUCUGUGUCAUUGAUCCCUUAGAUGCUGGCUUAACACAUGCAAGUUCUUGUUUUCAAAACACCAUUUGUUGAAAAGAUGACAAUAACUUCUCACAGAAUUAUUCUUUAGUGUUUUGUGAUUCUGGACAAGAUUUUUUUCUCGAGUUGUCAUUUGGUAGAAACAGCUUUUAAAGCACAAACAAGCAUGUUAAUACUGUAUUAAUCUUCACUCUUGGAUUCUUAUACAGCUGCUUUUUUGAGUCGUACUUAAAAACAGCCUCAGCUUCACUACUGCCACUUGAGAUAGUUUUUGUUAAAACAAGUAAUAGACUGGACUUUACCAAGGAACUGAACGUAUGAUGAGCACUGCUUCGAGCUAAGUAAGCCACUAGCUCAAUUAUGUUAUUUUUCUUCAAUUGUCUUUCAGGCAGAGUUCCUUACUAUUUUCAGACUUAAUUAUAUUGCUUCUUUGCAGACUACUUGCUCAUUGCUGUCUAAAGUAAACUGCUCAUCAAGAGCCAGUUGUGCUUAACAAUGUGUUUCUGACUACAUAAAAAAUGAAGAAAAAAUCGUAUAAAUACAGUAUAUACUGAGAGGUAUUAGAAAUGCAAUAAAUGCUACUGGCUCAAAUACUUAUUUGAGCAUUUUUAAGAUAGUUUUUUACCACCUUUUCACAUGUAAAAGUGUUAAGAAUUCUGUCUGCCUCAAUAUACUUUUUCUUUUUUUUUCUGGUAACAUGGUUGUACGGCCCAGUUAUGUUUCCCUUAUGUAUAAAUGUGUCGUGCUGUGUGUGAUUUUGUACAUUUAGCAAGCAGACACUUGUGUGCAAAACCUUCUGUGAAUCUGACUUCAAUUAUAUUGUA